AUGCAAUUGGUGCAGCUAUCCAUCUUACUAAUUGCUUGUCUUUCAAGCGUCUCUGCUUCAUCACCUCAACCUCAACAAAAUCUUGAUUCUCCACGCUCAUCAAGGACAUUGGGUCAGCAUCUCGAUACCAAUUCUUAUACAGCAAAAGAUCAUGCCGAAGCGCUCCGAAGCACAAGAAAGUCAAUGGAACGACAUGAAAAGGGUUGGUUACACCGUACCGAUAAAGCAAAUUUCGCUCAAGCUUUCUGUUGUUCUGGAUCACGGGCAAAAAAUCGACAAAAAGCACAUCAACAUCAUGUGGCAAUUGGGAAACACAAGCAGACUUUGGAGGGUGUUUUGAACAGAAACACAGAAGUAGGACCGAGCAGUCCGAAAACGACGAAAACUUUGAAUCAUGAAAUCAACCAAGCCAAUAAGAAAAUCAAAAAAUUCCCUGAGCAGGAACAAAGAAGGAUAAAAGGUAAUGAACGCCAUGAUGUUCAACAACACAUCAUCGAUAAUGGACUGGAAGGAUACUCUUCAGAUGACUCAUGGCAUUGA